AUGGCGACCAAUAUCAGUUUCGUAACACUUUCCACGAUGAAUGCUGCCCCAGAAUAUUAUAAUGGCCUUAAUUAUACUUACACUUUAUUCUCAAAUGACAGUAUCAAUUAUGAUAAUGCUUCAGAAGAUAUUUCAUCUCUUAAUAACUCUGAUCAUGGAAAUGAACAUAAUUUGAUAGCAGGUAUUGUUCUUUCCAUAUUGGUCAUCUGUGUUUUUGGUGCUGUGGGGAAUGGAAUUCUCAUCUGCCUUCUUGGCUUCAACGUGAAGAGGAGUAAUUUCACUAUCUACAUCCUGAACUUGGCCAUCGCUGAUUUUGGGCUCCUUAUAUCAGGUAUAUUUGUAUUUUUUACCCUGUGGUACAAAACUCUCUACCUUUUUGAAAUUUUUUUCUUAGUGUUCUACUUCUUGUUUCUAUUAAUGUACAGUGCUGGUCAAUUUCUACUGACUGCUAUCAGCAUUGACCGGUGUGUGGCUAUCUUCUUCCCACUUUGGCACCAAUGCCGCCGGCCACCACGUUUGUCCACCAUUGUAUGUGCAGUCAUAUGGGUACUCUCUUUCCUGCUUACUGCAAUGACCUACACUUUCCUAAUUAUUAAUCCAACUCAAAAGAAAAUACAACAACGUUACCAGUUUUUUGUGAAAGCUGUGCUUUGCUUCCCACUCAUAACUAUUGCCACUGUGGCCCUCUUAAUCAAAGUCUGUUUAAAACCACAACAACAUCGGAGGGGAAAGCUUCUGACCAUCAUCUUGCUCACUCUUCUCUUUUUCAUCUUAUUUGCUUUUCCACUGAAUAUCAUAUACAUUGUCAGUUUUUAUAAUGAUAUACCUUUGUAUUUAGAAGGCGGUGCAUAUGUAUUAUCCUGUAUAAACAGCAGUGUGAACCCAGUCAUUUAUUUCCUCAUUGGGAGACAAUGGAAAUCGAGACACAAGGAGACCAUGAAAAUGAUCCUCCAGAGGGUUUUCAAGGAAGAAGACUGCUGUACUGAAGAAACCCAAUUAUGA